AUGGCGGCCACCGGGGAAGAAAAGCCGUUGGACUUCGAGGCGCUGAAGCGUCAGGCGGCGGGCAAAGAAAAAAAGCUCGAGCGUCGGCGUGAAAUGCGCGAGAAGCGUGCGGCCGCCAGCAAGGAGAAGAAGCUCGCCAAGGCCCAGGCGAAGCGCGAGCGCAAGGCCAACGUCCAGCGCGCAGCGAAAUGGAGGGACCCGGUGCGUCAGGCCGCCGACAAGGCCGAGAAGGCUGCGCGCAAAAACAACAAGGACGACAAGCGUUUCCACCGCAUGCUGAAGCGCGCCGACAAGCUCGAGGCGCAGGCGAAGAAGCUCAUGACCGAGGCGGCGAAGGCGCGCGCGCGUCACGCUGUCAUGGCCGAGAACAGAGAGAAGGCGGCGAAGGAACAGCAGGCUCAGGUUAAGAAGGCCGAGGACGAAGACGAGAUUAUCAAGAUUCACGACGACGAUAGCGACGACGACAGCUCCUCCUCCGACUCUUCAUCAGACUCCGAAUCGGACUCUGACUCUGACUCUGAUUCCUCCGACUCUGACUCCGAGGCGGAGGAUGUCGAGAUGAAGACCGACUCCCCGGACCCGAGCGCACAGCUCCGCGCGGAAAGCGAGGCAAGGGAGCAGAUGGAGGUUGACGUGAAGGAAGAGGAGAAGCCCAAGAAAGAGAAGAAGAGCAAGCGCAAGUCGGAUGUUGCCGUCGUUAAGGAGGAGGUGAAGGAGGAGAAGGUCGCUGAGGCCGAGAUACCCGCCAAGGAGAAGAAGGACAAGAAGAAGAAGGCUAAGAAGGAGGAAGUGGUCGAGGAGGAGCCCAAGAAGAGCAAGAAGUCCGACAAGAAGCGCAAGCGCUCAGAAGAGGAGGACGACGAGUCGGACGGUGGUGCUCCUCUCGCCGAAGAGACCCCGAGCAAAAAGGACAAGAAGAAGAAGAAGAGGGCCAAGAAGGAAGAGGAGGAGGAGAAGACCCCUGCGAAAGCCAACGAGGGCGAGGGCUGGGACGUUGAUGCUCUCGAGGGAGGUGCCGACCGCCAGCAGAAGUUUAUGCGUCUCCUUGGCGGCGGCAAGAAGGGCGCGGCGAGCGCUUCCACGGGCACCAAGAGCAAGCGCGAUAUCAGUAAGGUCAACAAGGAGCUUGAGCAGCAGUUCAACGCUGGUGUGCACAUGAAGUACGACGGUGGUGCUCAGCGUCGCGGUCUGGGCGCUUGA